AUGGUGAUGGAGAAGAAGAUAACUGCUUUGAAGGCGAAGAGGCAGGACAUGAAGGCAUGCUUCACUUGUCCUAUCUGUAACAAUCUUUAUGACCGUGCCACCACCAUCUCCGAAUGCCUCCACACAUUUUGCAGGAAAUGCAUAGAAGACAAGUUGGUGGUAGAGAAUCUGAAAGCUUGUCCUGUCUGCAAUGUUGAUCUUGGUGUUGCUCCUCUUGAUAAACUCCGGUCGGAUAACACAUGGGAUGAAUUGAGGCUAAAGGUCUUUAAACAAAAGCCAAAAAGUGUAAAGGCAGCAGAAGCAGUGGCUGAAACUGCUUCAACAUCAUUGACAUAUUCCAGAAAGAAGAAGACGUCUCUACCUUCUUCACUCGUCACCACUCCACCUAGAGUAUCCACCUCACCUGAGCCAUCUCAUGAUCCUCCAUUGGAGACUGAGAAGCUUGAGGAGGAAAUGGAAGCUGUUUCUCUGAACAAGAGCUCGUCUACUACACUAGUUCCGAAUUUCAGGAGGCGUUCAAGGAAGAAACUGACGCCUAAAAGGAAUGACACCCAAUUGGAACCGCAACAGUAUCUUAUGGAAAAUGGAAAUGGUUUAGAGAUUGUUCUCAACAUUGAACAUGAUAAUGGUUUGGCUGGAGCAUCAACAUCUAAUGGAUGCAUACAAAAGGUUCCAGUUUCAUCUGGUGAUCUUAGCAAGUCUUUGAGUAACGGUACCAUACUGAAUGCUGGGAUUGCAAUAACUCCAAAUGGCAAUACAGAGGAAGUCCCUGGUGAAGCAAAUGAAAAAAAUGUCCUUGUUAGCUCUGAAAGUGAUAGAAAACAAGUGUCUGGUGAGAAACCGAAGAACAAUGGUGUAGAGAAGCAAGAAGAUGUCUCUACUACCUCAGCUGGGAAGAUCUCUGGUAAGAAGGGGAAAGGAAAAGCUAAUGUUGCGCGGGUUUUGAGACCUCGAAAGCAGGGGAAUAUGAGUUCAGAUGGCGCAUCAGAAGCAGCUACUUCUAAAGAAGCAGAAAACAAAGUUGAAGGAAGUAACAAGAAAGUUUGGCUUUCACUAAUCGCUGCCUCAAAUCAGAACACAGGUAGGCCAUUACUGCCACAAAUCUCCAGUCCCUACCUACGGACAGAUGGAAACUUAUCUGUCUCAUAUGUCAAGAAGUAUCUAGCGUAUAAGCUUGGUCUCCAAAGCGAAAACCAAGUGGAGAUAUGGCUAAGGCAAGAGCCUGUGAGUUCGACACAGAAGCUGCAUAACUUGGUGGAUUGGUGGGUCCAGUCUACUCCAAUUGCUGAGCGAAAAAGCGCCAUGGUUGGGAGCUCUGGUGCUGAAUUCGUCAUGGUUCUCCACUACAGUGGCUCUCACCUGUUUUAA